AUGGGGUGCGUCGUCAGCGCGCCCGUGGACGGGUCCACCCACGCGCGAACGCUCGCGCUCGACCGCGACGGGGGCGCGGGACGACGCGGGACGACGUCGGGGCCCGGGACGCGGGCGCGCGAGAUCGAACGCGACGACGGGCGAGGCGACGGGCGCGCGCGGUGUAAAUUAGUCCUCCUGGGCGCGAGCGGGUGCGGGAAGACGUCCCUGAGCGCCCGGUUCACGCGCGACGCGCACGCGGCGAACGUCGAGGCCACGGUGGGGGCGGCGUUCGCGUCGCGGACGAUCACGGUGCGACGGGGGCGCGAUGGGGAUGAUUCAACGGACGGCGACGGCGCGAACGCGAACGCGAACGCGCUCGGCGAGGUCAAGUUCGAGGUCUGGGACACCGCGGGCGAGGAGCGCUACGCGUCGUUGGCGCCGUUGUAUUACCGAGGGGCGAGCGCGGCGAUGAUCGUGUUCGACGUGACGUCGAGGGAGACGUUGACGCGGGCGCGGUACUGGGCGAACGAGCUCGCGGCGCGGGCGGACGCGCGGUGCGCGACGACGCUCGUGGGGAAUAAAAUCGACGCCGCGGCGGCGAGGGAGACCACGAGUGAGGAGGCGGAUGCGCUCGCGCGCGAAUUCGCGAUGACGGGGGGGUACGUCGAGACGUCGGCGAAGACGGGCGCGGGCGUGCGCGAGGCGUUUGAAAUCCUCGGGCGCGACGCCUUGGCCCGCGCGCGCGACGCCCACGACCGCGCGCGCGAUGUCUCUCCCGCGCUCGCGCGCUGA